UUUUCUUUGGCAUUGAAUUUGUUCCACUACAUACGGCCCGAAACGUCUUACGCAUUGCUACGUUGCAAGUUGAAAGUGCUGCUUCAACUAUCGAGAGUCUAUCGUACAGGAUAACUACUUUUUGAAUACAACAGCAAUAUGGAGAACGUUAUCUCAACGGAAGCUGCCACGAUUAAAAAGAAACGAAAUCGUUCUCAGAGGAAGCCAAAAUCGAACACGGGAAAAAGCACAGAACAACCUAUAAAAACGAAUGCAGUGGAACAAGUUUCGGCGCAUAAGAACGAAAGCAAUCUUCCUUCUGCAUCUCCUCGGGGAUCGGUCGAUAAAGGGCAACGACAAUCUGCGGCUAAAGAGCAAGUAAUCGAUGCUGGUCAACUCAACCGCAAACCAAGCCAACGUCGCAAGCGAAAACCGAAGAGUGCAAAAGAAACGACGGACAACGCGACCGUAUUAGAAUCGCGUACGAUAGAAAACACACAAUCGAUAGAAACAGGAGACCCCCGCGAUAAACCUCGUUUAAGAAAAAUCUUUCAAGAAAUCAUCCCAGACUCAACUACGGUUGAGAAUAUUUCGAUCGAAAAAGUAUUUCCCAGCUCUAAUGUGUUUUCGUUUCACCAAAGUUACUAUCGUUUUGGAAAACUAAAUACGCCGGAACCGCUUGCUGAGAGGGUGGCUAAGACUGAACAGCAGGUUCCAGACAACUCGUUAUACGUGAAUUUAGGCUUGCAGGACAUUAAUCCUGAAGACGUGUUUCCAAGCAACCCCCUGGUUGGUUUAAAACUUAUUUCACCAGCAGUCGUAACUCCCACUUUGGAGGAAAACAAUUCAAAUCAGCAAUUGGAGAACACUGAAACGAUGAGUGCUCGUCCGGAAAAAACUGAUAAAACUCGCGAAGAGAUACUUGCCGAGCGUGAAGCAAAGAAGGCGGCGAAGUUGAGCGCAAAAAAUAAGAACAAGGACAAGACGGUACUGCCACAAGCAGCCCAGCAGCAAAAGCAGCAGCCUACUAAGGCAAGUGAUUCGCCAAAGGCUCCUGUAGAAUUAUCAAAAUCCGGUACAGAUGGAAGUAUCUGUGAAAAGCUAAAGGAGCUGCACAUAAGUGAUGGCCCUGUUAAAAAAGAAAAGAGCGAUGCAAAAACUGCGACUCAACCGGAUUCAGUUGUUACCGGCGAGUCAAAGGAGCUGACAAAAGCGGAACGUAAAGCACAAUUUGAAGCAAAGAAUCUGUCGCUAACGAAAAAGGGCACUGAAGGUGCUAAACCCACGCUGACGAAAGCCGAACGAAGAGCUAUCCAAGAGGCGCAACGAGCCGCAAAGGCGGAAGCACAGCAAAUCAAGAAACGAGAUCAGGCACCCACAUCAGGCGAUGUGACGAAGAAAAAUGCUGCCAAUCAGCCUAAGAGUAAUAAAACUGCUACUCAGGCAGUCAAGAAAAGUGUUACCCUCGGUGUCGUUGGUGCCGGCGGACCUCCACGGAAGCACAUCGUUAAUCUUUUUAACCAUCUCUAUCAGCCAAAGUUUGCGGCGGCCGAGAUUGUGAAUUCGCCCUCACUUCAUCCGGCUGUUACAAAGCUUGGCAUACAGUACGCCGAAGGGUCCGUCGUUGGUUCGAAGGCGCGCUGUCUCGCCCUACUGAAGAUGCUGAAUCUAUUAAUCCACGACUACGAAACGCCGCCAGAGAAGGAGUUUGGGCGCAGCUUCGAGGAAACGCUCAAUACUUCCGCCUCAUUCCUGCAGCGUUGUCGACCAUUUUCCGUCUCGAUGACUAACGCGCUGCGACACGUGAAAAUGUACGCCCGGCAGCUGGAUAGCAAGGUGUCCGUGUCGGAGCAGAAAGAGUUCCUACUGGAAUCGAUCGAAUCGUACAUUCGGGAUCAGAUCGAGAAGGCGGAAGAAGCAAUUUGCAUUUCGGUGCAGGAAAAAAUCUUCGAUGGGGACGUCAUUCUUACUUAUGGAUGUUCGUCACUUAUAAAACAUAUUCUGGAGGAAGCGAACCGGCGAUCGAAAAACUUCCGAGUCAUCAUCGUGAAUGCGCGCCCACGGGAGGAAGAACACGCUAUGCUCGAACAGUUGGUACAGCAGGGUGUCAAAUGUACCUGUGUUUUGAUCAAUGCGGUCAGCUACGUUAUGCCGGAAGUAACGAAGGUGUUACUCGGGGCGCACGCUCUCCUCGCCAAUGGAUCGGUUAUGAGUCGCGUCGGAACGGCGCAGAUUGCGCUUGUGGCCAAAUCUUACAACGUGCCCGUGCUGGUCUGUUGCGAAACGCACAAAUUCACCGAACGCGUACAGACGGACGCUUUCGUUUACAAUGAAAUUGGAAAUCCAAACGAUCUCGUCCUUCCACCACGGACGCGCGAUCUCUCCGAGACGAAACCAAUGUUGGCUGGUUGGGAAACACUCACUUCGCUCACUAUACUGAACUUGCACUACGAUGUUACACCCCCGGAACUGGUAACAGCUGUCGUCACCGAGGUAGCGAUACUUCCCUGUACCAGCGUACCGGUUAUUUUGCGAAUUAAACCGUCGGAUGUGACUUAUUGAAUGAAUCGACGAAUCUUAUCAAAAACGAGGCGGCGAUGAAAAUGUA